CUCUAGUCACAGAAAGUUGGAGGUGGCGGUUGGUGAGUGGUGACUCUGUGCUCGGCGUAACUCGGCACGAGUCGGACCGGAUCGGUUUUCCGCGAAAUUUCUUUCAGUGUGUUAAAUUUUCAAAGGCGCAUCAGGAACCUUGUCAUACGUGUCGUAGCCGAGGAUGGGUCUGCUCUCCGAAGGAAGUCCCUUGAGUUGGGAAGAGACGAAGAAGCUGUCCGAUCACGUGCGCAAACAUGGAGUUAUACAAUUUAUUAACCUGUAUAAGAGACUCAGAGAUCGACAAGGUGACGUUCUCAAGUGGGGCGACGAGGUGGAAUACAUGCUCAUAAAAUUUGACGAUGAAGCAAAAACUGCGAAACUCAGUUUGAGAGGUGCGGAAAUAUUAAAAGUCUUAAAUGAGAAAGAGAAUGAAAAUCCAGAUAAUGUAAAGUCACUAUGGAGACCAGAGUAUGGCGCGUACAUGCUUGAAGGAACUCCAGGAAAACCAUAUGGAGGACUCUUAGCUCAUUUCAAUGUUGUUGAGGCUAAUAUGCGCUAUCGAAGGCAAGAAGCGACGAAAUUACUUCAAUCAAAUGAAGUUCUGAUGUCACUGACAGUUUUCCCAAGGGUAGGAGCUCCAGAUUUUACUGAUCCUCCUAGUCAUCCGACACCCAGUGCUGGUGCUUCCAGGAGCUUGUUCUUUCCUGACGAAGCUAUAUUUCCCGGUCAUCCACGUUUCAAAACGUUGACCAGAAAUAUAAGAGAACGUCGUCGCGAGAAAGUGGCCAUAAACAUUCCUAUUUACAGAGAUGAAAAUGUACCGUUAUUAUUCAAAGAAGACCUCAUCAGCAAAGGAGAUGAUGGAUCGUCCUCUAAAGCGGCCGAAGAUAAUCACAUUUACAUGGAUGCAAUGGGUUUCGGGAUGGGAUGCUGUUGUUUGCAACUCACUUUUCAGGCGUGUAAUAUAGAAGAAGCCAGAACAUUGUACGAUCAGUUGACACCUUUAUGCCCAAUCAUGUUGGCUCUAACCGCGGCCAGUCCGUUUUAUCGAGGUUACAUAAGCGACGUUGACUGUCGAUGGAACAUCAUAUCUUCUUCAGUGGAUUGCAGAACGCGGGAAGAGCGUGGGUUGAUACCUCUGAAAGAGAAUAAAUUUAGAAUCAGUAAGUCCAGGUAUGACUCUAUUGAUUCGUAUCUCAGUGAACAAGGAGAAAAAUAUAACGACGUCCCUUUAACAUAUGAUAACGAGAUAUACAAGCAACUUUUGGACAACGGGAUCGAUAAGUUGCUUGCGCAACAUAUAGCUCAUUUGUUCAUCAGAGAUAGCGUCUCCUUGUUCUCCGAGAAAGUACAUCAGAACGACCUAGAAGAUACGGAUCAUUUCGAGAAUAUACAGUCUACUAAUUGGCAAACUAUGCGCUUCAAACCGCCACCGCCAAACUCGUCGAUCGGCUGGCGCGUAGAGUUCCGUCCAUGUGAAGUGCAGAUCACGGACUUCGAGAACGCCGCGAUAGUUUGCUUCACGGUGCUAUUGACGAGAGUUAUCCUGAGCUACAAGCUGAAUCUUCUAAUCCCUAUCAGUAAAGUUGACCAAAAUAUGGCUAGGGCGCAGAAAAGGGAUGCGGUUAAAGUGGAGAAGUUCUGGUUCCGUCGUGAUAUCACUUCGGACGCUAAAAAACCCGAUGACGUUCAAACGGAGUACACUGAAUUUACAAUCAACGAGAUCAUUAACGGAAAGGAUGGUGGUUUUCCUGGCCUUGUACCGCUAGUAAAUUCUUAUCUCGCCAAUAUGGACGUGGACGCUGAUACGCAUUGCACUAUUCAAAGAUACAUCAAAUUAAUACAAAAACGAGCCUCCGGGGAGGUUUUAACGACUGCCGCUUGGCUUAGGAAAGAGGUUAUUUCACAUCCCGAAUACAAGCACGAUGCUGUAAUAACACAGCGCAUCAAUUAUGAUCUGCUGAAAAAGAUCCAAGAUAUCGUUUCCAACGAGGUGGAGUGUCCAGAGUUACUCGGACAAUGUGUAUCAUCUAAAACCACCGAGACCAUACCCGCUGCUGUUGCGAAAGCAGAAAACUGUUCAACAACAAAUUGUUAACGACGACUCUAAGCAUUUCAGGUAAAUCGGAGAAUAUCCGUUUUGUAACAUUAUUAUGCAUACUUAAUAGCAUUAACUUACGUGAUUAGAUAAGUAUAUUUCUGUGUUGUUUACUGUUUUUUAUCCGUGUAAUACGAAAGAAACGAGAAUAGUGCAAGAGAAAACUAUAUUUGUAAUUUUAUAUUCCAUUUGUUAUACGUGUUAUAUUGCUUUUAUCUACCAAAUAUGUGAAUGUAUGUGAAAAAAGAAAAAAAUUCCGUGAUUUUCGAGUUUUAUGAGGAAAAAUGGCAUUGUAAAUAUAUAUGUAUAAGUUUAGUAAAUAUCGCUGUAUAUAAUGAUAAAACAACUAAAUCACAUUUCAUGGAACUCAAUAUGCGAUUUGUUUCAAAAUUAUUCGGAUUGAAAGAUAUGUUUACAUAUAUAUAAAAAAUUAAAUAAUCAAGCGGUAACAAAUUUAUUAGUGUGUAUAAACAAUCUGUAUGAUUCAAAAGUUUAUUUUUUCACAGUUACGUGUUUAAUAACUAAUCCAGUGCUUGUUUAAUGAACAAUCUUAAUUUUAAGAACGCUCGUAUAUUUAUUGCAAUAUCACACAAUUAAAACUUUGCAAUAUGGGAACAUCAACCAAUUUUAAGGAGUUUAUUCAUUUAAAAUAAAAUAUUUAAAAUUACACAAAAAUUUAACGUAAUAUUUAUUGUAGUAAAACACACAUUCCUACUUAGUUUUAUGCACCGUUCAAAAAUUUAGUACUGAAUAUCGCAAUUUUGCAUAUAUAACUUUAUGAUAGAAGCAAUAUAGAUGACCAUUAUUUCAGUAUAAUUUUGUAAAAAGUAAUAUUCAAAUAAAAGCGGUUUAGAGCAGUCGCCCGGUAAGCGAAAGAUCCGGGUUCGAGUCCCGGCCUAGCAAACCGCGCUUUCGAUAUUUUUCUCUCUCUGGAACGAGAAAGAAACGCAGAUCCCGAAUGCACGACGUCCCGCCGCUAUCUAAUACGCCUUCCUCCUUCUAUGGAAAGCUUUCUGUUAUAAAUAGCAUUAUAUUGAAUUAAACAUGGCAAGAUAAUAUCAAAAUUAAUUUCAAAUUAACAUUUAUUAUUUAGAUAUUAAAAUAAAUAUAUAGGAAUAUAAUUUUAUUCGGUAAAUAGUGAAUUUAUAAGUAAUUCCCUUGAUGCACCACUGAAAAUUCGCCCAUUGGGCGUCCUGAAAAUACAUAUCUGGCGAAUAAUCUCCUUAAGCUUAUGCUAUGUAUCCUUUCUUUUUCUGUCGCAAAUAUUUGCCAUGUCAACAGUAUGAUACUUAACUAAUAACUAAUAAUCAAUUUAUACAGCAGUAGUUACUAAAUUUCUAAAUUGCAUAUAUAUUUUCAAUACUACUUCUUUUUCUGUGAAAGAAACAAUAAUAGUGCAAGAAAGAACUAUAUUUGUAAUUUUAUAUUCUAUUUGUUAUACAUAUUGCAUUGCUUUUUACCAAAUGUAAAUGUAUGUGAUAAGAGGGAAAAAUAUAUACAAUGAGAUAUGCCAACGAAAUUACAUUCCACAGAAUUAAAUUUAUGUGCAAAUCGUUUAAAAAAUAUACGAAUUGAUAAAUCAUUGCGAAUAUAUUGAAAAAAUAAUUAAUCGAACAAAUUAUAAUAAAUUUAUUUAUUAGUAUAUUGAUGACGCGGCGUAUAUAGGUAGUUAAAACUAACAGAAGUUUCAAUGUUAUUUGCUUUAUUAAGAUCAAAGUUCAAUAAUCUUUGUACCAAUUUUUACUUACCCUUUUAUCAAUCUUAUCUAAUGGUUGACAAUAUUUAUGCGAGUUAGUUUUGAUCACGAUGUUAUAAGCAAUUCUUGCAAUUCUCGCGUCCGAAUAAAUAAUUUCCCUUCAACUUUUUUUAUUCAGUUAAAAUGUUCUUAAAAUGUAUCAAAAUUGUUGAAAAACUAGAAUUUAGUUCUCAUUUUUUAAAUUUUAUAUUAAAAAUCUGCGCCAAAAAUUGUGUGAGCACGUUGACAAAAAGAUCAUUUAGACGGCCGUUUGCAGGAAUUGCAUUCACAUGAAUUUUUAUUUAAUAAUCAAACAUAGGCAACUCGUCCGAGAUGUAUGUAUAUUAUCUUUAUUAGUUAUCUUCCAGUAUGUUUUCGUAUAUACAAUAUUUCACAGUAUAUACAAUAUGUACACAGUAUUUCCAGAUCAUGUUAGAUGGUACUAUAAUUUUACAAUAAUUUUUUGUUCAACAUACAUCAAUUUAAUAUGUUUGAAUUAUAAGGAUUUAGGAAUUAUAUGCAGAAUAUUUAGGUGCUAAAUCUUUAGAUAAUCCAUGUGACAAGUGUGAUCAAAAAGAAAAAUAUAAUAUGUACAUGUAUAUAUAUACUUAUAUAUGUAUGUGUGUGUGUGUGUGUGUGUGCAUAUAUAUAUAUAUAUAUAUAUAUAUAUAUAUGUAUGUAUAUAUAAAAUAUAGAUAUGUACUUAAGAUUAAAAAUAACUGUACAAAAAUAUGACAUAUAUUUCUAACAUGCUAGCCUUUGGAGAAUAUAAAUUAUACAAAAUAAAUUGUAAAAUAAAAAAGAUAUAUAAACCAUAAUAAGAGAGGUAGCAGAAUGUCUAUGGAAGAAAGCUUGAUAUUUUGAUACAAUCAUUUCCUAAAAUCUUGAACUUUCCUCCUGGGAAAAGGAAUACAUUGUAUAUACAUAUAUCCUUAUAAUACUUCUCACAAAUAGGAAAGAAAUGACUUUAAAUUGAAUUGUUAUUAUUUAAAUAAAGCAAUAAUUACGUACCUCCUA